UGCGAGACACUCCUUUCCUUGACGGACCUUCACUCCUUUGUACAUCUUCUUCACCGGGACGCGGGGCCGUUUCUCUUCUUUCUGUUCUGACAUUGCCGCUUCGGGUAUUGUUCUUACGUUCUAGCUUUCUCCCUUCUUCGAGCUACAUUGUCAACUGACUGCGUUGGCUACUUCCGCGGCAAGCAUUGUAAAGAGCAGCUCCUUCGUUCAUCUACGACUAGAAUAUUCUAUAUAAGGCCACUGCGCUCCUCCCAGAUACAACAACACCGAAAGAAAAUUCGCGACCAGUGCAGUCUGAAAGAGAAAUAUCUUAUAACUAUGCACGCAUCCAAGCUCUUGUUUCUUGCGCUGGGAGGCCUUGUCCAGUCGCACAUGCACCUUUACUAUCCUCCAACGCUGAAGGGUGAAAACAACCCUCACACCCAAGGCGAAUCCGACCCUUACCUCAAUUAUAAUUACGGCUGCUGCGGGCGCGAGGUGCCCGGGCCUUGCAAGGGUCAUCUCGAUCUCGUGGAUACAGAUGAGGGCAAGCCAGUGGUGACCUGGGCUCCUGGUCAGAAGGUCAAUUUCACCCUAUCUGGAUCGUCGACUACCGAGGUGAAGGGUGGCACGCACUACGGUGGCUCGUGUAGCGUUGGAUUUUCCACGGACAAGGGCAAAACGUUCAAGGUUGCCACCACCUGGAAUGGAAAUUGUCCGCAUCGCGAGGGCAGCAUCGAUCCUUCCACGCAGUCGUUCGACUUCACGGUCCCGGCAGAUCUUCCCGCAGGCGAUCGGACCAUCUUCGCGUGGACUUGGAUCAACCGCGAGAAGGAAUUCAACAUGAACUGUGCAGUCGUUACUAUUGCCGGCUCUGAUCAGUCUGAAGACCCUGGCUACCAACCAGCGCCUAGCAGCGCUGCUCCGAAGCCGUCCUCGCCGCCGUCUCAGCCGCCCAAAAGCCAGUCGUCCAAGGCCCCGCAACGGCCGACUCAAACACAGCCAUCGUCCAGCCAACCUACGGGUUCUGCGCAGUACACCCUAGAAGGCUGCACCUGCUCUUGCCCUUAUCAGACUUGGUCGUCGGCGUGCAGCUGCUACGAAUGCAAGUCGCCUACCACUAAGCGUCACCUGGUCGAGCGCAAGGUCCUUGAGCUGCACAAGCGCCAUCUCCAAAACGCCGAGAAGCUCAAUGUGCCUGUUCGACGUGCUGAGACCGUCGCUUGGACCUCUCGCCCCGACAUGCUUCUGAGCAUCGACUUUCCGGGUGCUUCUUGCCACUCCAAGGGCAACCCAUUCGAGCUCGAGUUCCCGGAUCCCGGUCCAGACGUCGUUGACGGCGAUGGCGAGUAUAAGCUUGCGGGCCCUGAUUGCAGCUAAGCCUGUAAUAUCGACUUCUUCUCUUCUUCAGUAUUUGCUGGGUGUUGACCACCCAACUAUCACUUUUUCUUCGCUUCUGUAUACUGUCUGUUUACUUGAAUAAGAUUUUUUCUUCCUUUGACUAUUUGAAUAAAUGUUUGUUUCCUGCAUUGCGGUGGUCGUUAGUGGUUGCAUUCUCUAGUUAC